AUGGCAGUGGAAGCUUCACCAGUGUCAUCGCUGCAUCCUGCAUUUUUCAUAGCACUAUGGAUCGGCAUGAGCUCCCUGGUUAUCCUCUUCAACAAAUGGAUCCUCCACAAUGCCAACUUCAAAUAUCCAAUUUUCCUCACCGCAUGGCACAUGUUCUCCUCAGCGGUGGUGACCCAAAUCAUGGCUCGAUACACCGGUUACCUCGAUUCACGACACACAGUCCCCAUGACCAAACGCACAUAUCUACGCGCCAUUCUUCCCAUCGGCUUACUCUUCUCUCUAUCGCUAGUUUGUGGCAACGUCACUUAUCUAUACCUCAGCGUCAGUUUCGUGCAGAUGCUCAAGGCUGCGGCUCCUAUUGCUGUGUUGCUGGCUACCUGGACAUUCCGUCUCUCCGAGCCUUCGCUGGCUGCUUUUGGAAACAUUUGCAUUAUUGUCGUUGGAGUGGUGGUGGCUUCCCUCGGCGAAGUACAAUUCAACAUCUUGGGCGUCGGGUACCAACUUUCUGGCAUUGUGUUUGAAGCCACGAGAUUGGUCAUGAUUCAACGCCUGCUCUCUGCGGAAUUCAAGAUGGAUCCUUUGGUUUCGCUAUACUAUUUUGCGCCUGUGUGUGCGAUCACCAAUGGUAUUUUGGCAUUGGUGUUUGAGGCGCCUCAUAUGACUAUGGCGGACUUUGAGAGAGUGGGAGCGUUUACGUUGCUCAUCAACGCAGCAGCGGCAUUCUUGCUUAACUUUGCUUCGUUGCUUCUGAUUGGCAAAACCUCCUCUCUAGUCCUCACCCUCAGCGGCGUACUCAAAAACAUCAUGAUCGUGUUCGCAUCCAUGCUCUUCUACCACGACACCGUCACCGGCAUUCAGUUUCUCGGCUUCUCGAUCGCUCUGGGAGGAUUGGCAUACUACCAACUUGGUGGCGCACCUGCUUUCAGGGGCUACUAUGGACAAGCAGUCAACAGGUUCUCGGAGUACAGAAGGCUUUCUGGGGAAGUUGAUGUUGUGUCUGCUGCUGAGAUGGCGAGGCAGGGGGAUGCAGAGUUUGGACAAAGGAAGAGUGAAGAUGAGGUCAAAAGCCCGGGGAUUGUCAAUAUCAAGAGUGCGUGA